AUGACUACCACCACCACAGCCCUCGCCAUCGGGGAACCGCAACCCAUGCACAACGCCAACCACAUCUUCAACGCCAUCCACUCCUCCAUGCGACAAUGGGGAUCAUCACUUCAUCAUAAUGGAAUGACUUUUCUUCUUGCCUUUGUCCCGAAGGGAGUCAAGCUCUAUCACGGCGACGCACGAUCACACCCCAUCUCCAGGAUAGGCUGGAUGGCUUUCGACCCCGAGCACGCCAUGGUAUUCGCCCGUCCUCCUUCAAAACAACCAUCUCACAACGUGGACUCAGAGUCCCAGCAAGUAAUGAUCACUCCAGCUGAGACUGGCUGGCUUCACACCCACGCAACCACGGAAGACCUUCGCCUCGUUUACAUCGACGGUACCUCGGCGGGGAAGUCACAAAUAGGCACGCUGGACCUGCAGGACCGUGUCCUAUUUGAAGAUAAACUGGAGCCUGGAGGCAUCGCGCAAGAGGAAUGGAAUGGACGUGUCGACGGCGUGAUCCGGAUGGCAGCGGGUUUUGAAAUCAUUCUCUGUAAUCCUGAACAGAAGCUAGACACGGUCAAUAUUGCUCGAGUGACGCUUCCCAUUCGGGAUCCUGCAAAGAAGAGCGGCAAACCUAGUGACUUGCUUCGGACGGUCACAUCAAGGUACCAUGGCAUUGGCGGCGACCGGGUCAUUGUCAACUAUGACGCUUUCGUCACGGCAUAUGACUAUGGUCUUGAUUUGUUCCAUGGUGGUAGCAAGCAUCCGCGUCUUGCGCAUCUCCCUACUUUGUCGCUUGCGCCCAUUAGGGAUGAUUUGACUGCGCUAGUCAUGAAUCACGAUCCUACGACGCGGGUGAUAAACUGGCAAGGAGUGGUGGACAUGAUGGUUGAGAAAUACGGUCGCAUUCUGCGCAGCUUAGUAUCUGCCCAUCAUGAUGAUCAGGCUGCUCGUCUCGAGUUUAUUAUGGAGACGGCAGAGUGUAUAUUAUCCCCAUUUGUCGAUCGCGACAAUCGUGAUUACUACGCUGAGAUUGACCGAUCUGUCUAUACUGUUAGCAGUAGGAUCUGCAGCAGUCUUAUGGCAGUCAUGGAGGCUAAGGAGUACGGUAUAGUGACAACUAUUCUGCAGGACCUGAUGCACUAUCUUGACUGGAGUAUAUGGAAGGAGUGUUCUGGUUGCCAGGAUGAUGAAUUCUGUGCUGUUCCUAUCUGGCCGCAGGGGUCACAGGAAGAUUACGAUCAUCCGCGAUGCCAGAAGUAUGAUAGCGCCUUUCAGGGGGACAAUGACUACUGGGGCCCGGUAUGGCGGUAGUUCGCACAGCUUUCAUUGGUCUUUCUUUUGCAUGUUAUACUGGAGUUAUUAUACGGUAUUGGGUUUGGGUAGUUAGUUGAGUUUGCGACUAUAGAUUCUACAUGCAUCACAUCUUCACAUAUCACAUGAGCAAACCGUCUUGUAUACUUGAACAGAGAUUUUCAGCAAUGAAGAUAGUGACAUUCUCCCUUGACACCGUGGCAGUGCUGCGAUGAGUGCCA